GUUCGGUCUCCAGCAGCAUAAAUAGGCUGCAGGUCGCUGCUGCUAUUACUGAUAGAUGAAGAACUGAAGACAUGGAUCCUAAAAAGUUUGAUGCAGAGCCCGGAGACCUGAUCGAGAUCUCCCGUGGGAUGUAUCAGCACUGGGCCAUCUACAUCGGUGGAGAGGAAGUUGUUAAUUUCACUCCUCCAGAUGAUGAUAUUGCCUGGAAAAGCCCCCACGGACAGGUGAAGCGUGAGAAGAUCUGGGAGGUGGUCGGCAAGGAUAAAUUCAAGAUCAACAACCUCCUAGAUAACAAGUACCAGCCUCGUGAGCGUGACAUCAUCGUGAAGGAGGCCUGUAGCAUGGUGGGUCUGGAGAUGCCGUACCAUCUCAUCUCUUGCAACUGCGAGCACUUUGUCACAUAUCUACGCUACGGCAUUGCAGAGUCAACACAGGUUGCCACAGCAGCUAAGACUGCAGAUAGACUUCUAGGUGUAGGGAUUUCAUUUCUGGAUGCUCUGAAAACUUUCUUCCAUAAAGAUGACAACAAAGAAGAAAGGAGAUAACCAAGGAGAGAACCAAGGAGACAUUACAAUUGGC